GCUAAUGACAACUGUCUGGCGUGUCGUUAUGACAACCGGUCGUAAACAAAUGCAUGCAUUUCGGCAAUUUUAUAUUAAGUUUUGAUCGCUAUAUCCAAUUAUCGCACUAAAAAACACACACAAUCUGACAAUAUAAUUAGGAAGAAGCCGCUCACCAUUUGAAAUUCGUGUAACGACUUGCUGACACUAACAAACUUCCCGUGAAUUUGUACAAAAAUAAUUCCUCGGGAAUGGCCCGACUGUUGUCCUUAAGUUCUUGACUAUUUGACUACUAAAGGAUAUUUCCAGUGUGACUAACUUGACAAAAUGAAAAUCGCUUUGUUUUGCGGUUUUAACGGAUUCCACCAAUUCGGCACUGCGCAUGCCAAGAGGACCGAAGGGUUUUCCGAGUUAUCAUCGGAGUGGCUCGCGGGAGACAACUUGAAGUACGCCUUCUCAUGGUCCUUCAAUGUCCUGGCGCGGGGCAGAGACGUGACACUUUCAGGGUUCCUUGAGGAUGUGCCUGGUAACCAGAAGACAUUCACGUUAACGGACGAAAUAAAGUCGGUUGGAGCCACGCAUAAUUACUGUUUAGUGCUACUAUCUAAUGGCAAAUUGUAUCGAAUAAAUGCUCAUAAUUGUCUGUUGGAGGAAUUAAAUUUUACUAAUGUCGAAAGGCCUCGGAAGCGAAGCAUUUUUGGGGAGGAGAAGGACCAGGACACCUCCGACCCCAUCGACCUAAUCGCUUGUGGUCGAUACAUGUGCGUGGCGAUUACCAAAAAUAAAUGCGUCUAUAAUGUGCCGUCAAAGAUCUACGAAUUCCCGCGGCAUGUAAAGGUAAAGGAACUUGUUUGCGGGUUUGAGCACGCUUUGGCACUUACUGGUAAUGGCGACGUGUAUUCUUGGGGGAAUGGAUUGCGUGGGCAGCUGGGCCAUCCGGAGUUGAAAGUCGAGGAAGCUCCUAAAUUGAUUGACGCUCUGGCGGGGGUGAAGAUGGUUGCCAUCUCUGCUGGAGGCUGGCACAGUGCGGCGAUAUCAUCAUUUGGAGACUUGUACCUCUGGGGCUCGAAUAUAAAUGGGCAGCUUGGCGUGCGGGUUUACUCAAACAUAACUAGCCCUGAUGGAAAAGUAUUCGAAAGGAAAAAUCCAACUGUCUACGCUUUGCCUCAGGUAAUAGAGCCCGGUCCAUGUUGUGCAAAUCAGGAUCAUGGAGGAACUGAAGCCGACUCGUGUAAUGUAAGCCAGGUUGCUUGCGGAGCCAGGCACACUUUUAUCAGGAACGAAUGUGGUCGCGCUUACUACUGUGGGUGGAAUGAACACAACCAACUUGGACAAGGAAGAGAACUGAAGUUUGUUGAUGAAAUGAGAGAGUUCACGUUUGAGAAGACAUGGUCAAAUUGUACAAUCUACUGUGGUCCAUGGUGUACGCUAUUAGUUGGUCAAAAUUGUAACGAUUAGGAAUAAAUAGUUUCACCAAUAAAUUGUUAAUU